AGCGGUGCUUUCACUUGACGCUCUUCAAGAUGAACGGCUAUCUUAUGUGCAUUUUGCCAUUGUUCGCUUUUCCAAACACAGUUCUGGCCAUCACCUGCUACACUUGCACACCAAAGUUUCCGACUGAGGCAUGCACAACACUGGGUGAUUUGAAUGUCACCGAUUGUGACGCGGAUCCGAAUAUACCAUCCGGUAUGGCUGACGUGUGUUUCAAAGCGUUGAUUGUAGCGAAAAUGGGACAAGUGGCACAAAUGACUGCGAAUUGGUUUAGCUGUGGAAGGAAGUCAAUGUGCCAAGACUUCCGGGCAAAGUUUUGCAAUGCCUCGCAACUGCAACCUGGAAUAAUCUAUGAAAAAUGCGAGGCCACGUGCUGUGAACAGAACAAGUGCAAUGGGCUUGCAGACAGCACCUCGUCAAGCGUAAACGCCUUACCAGCAUACAACAAAGUUGUAUCAUUCGCCACCACCUUUACAAGUGCCCUCUAUGUGCUUUUUUUUGUGUACUGACUUUGAGCAGUGAUCAUUAUAAGAGUUGCUGAAAACAAGGUUUACCAGGUGCUAAAAGGUGCUAGCGAUUUUAAGAAUGCCUGGUUAUAAUGCAGGGG